CUUCCUGGGAGUGCCUACUUUCGUGCUUCUCGAUCGGAACUGCAAGAAGCAUGGUCGUCUUCCCGUGGAAGUCGUUACCUGUGAUAUGUUACUUAAUUAUAUUUACUUCAAGUCACGCCGCAAACAUCUACGAUCAGCUCAAAUAUUUUGAAACAUUAAAGGUCAGCGAUCUGCGUCAUUCCAUCACGAAGCGAGGCACGCAGCCAAGCAAACACAAGUUCAACACGAUCAAAGAAGUCAGCUUCAGAGCGCACGGAAGGGAUUUCCGACUCAUCCUAAACCCGACCAAAGGCCUCUUAUCGGCCCACUUCAAGGCGUACACAGUUGAUGGUUCUGGCAACAAAAGACCCGUAUGGGUGGACCAAAACCAGUUCUACGAAGGCAGGGUGUUUGGCGAACUCGUCUCUAAUGUGAGCGCGCACAUUGACGAAGGCGUUAUGACAGCGUCGAUACGUGUCAAGGAUGACAUAUACGUCAUGGAACCGUCGUGGAGGCACAUACCCGACGACCAUAAUGACACCAUGAUUGUUUACCGAGCGUCAGAUGUCAAGUACUCCUGGGACCCAGCCCAGUCUCUAACCAAGUACUGCGGCUACGUCAAGGAGAAUGGAAAUGCCACGGAGGUUACGGGUGACCUGUCUGAGAACUUGAGCCACUGGAACGAUGGAAGCAGCAUCACGUCUCAUGUCCAGAAGCGACAGGCGAUGGAACCCUACCACUGGGAGCCUGUGCAGACGCGCUGUUCUCUCCUCCUCGUGGCCGACCAUCGUUUCUACGAAAACAUGGGGGGCCGUAAUCUCAAGAGCACCAUUAAUUUCUUGAUAACGCUGAUAGACCGAGUCAACAAGAUCUUCCUUGACACUGAAUGGCGUGACAGCGACCGCCAUCCUGGAUUUCGUGGAAUGGGCUUUGUCAUUCAAGAAGUGAUGGUGCAUACCGAACCAACGCCUGUGCUUCGCAACGAAGUCCAUUACAACAUGGCGGGUGUUACAUGGAAUGUACGAGACCUCCUAGAGGUGUUCUCUCGCAGCCUGAACCACCGCUGGUUCUGCCUGGCGCACUUGUUUACCGAUCAGAAGUUUGAAGGGGGCAUCCUGGGCCUUGCUUACGUGGGCUCUCCUCGCCGCAAUUCCGUGGGCGGCAUUUGCAGCCCCGGUUAUGUGAAAAAUGGCUACACCUUGUACCUCAAUUCUGGGCUGAGCACGUCACGAAAUCACUACGGACAACGUGUGAUCACAAGAGAAGCAGACCUGGUCACAGCACACGAAUUUGGUCACAACUGGGGCAGUGAACAUGACCCUGACCUACCCGAGUGUUCACCAGACUCACAGCGUGGUGGAUCGUAUUUGAUGUACACUUACUCUGUCAGUGGCUACGACCCAAACAACAAGAAAUUUUCCCCAUGCAGUGUACGUUCCAUUAGGGCAGUUUUGUUGGCUAAGGCGAGCAAGUGCUUUUCAAAGCCUGAAGAGUCAUUCUGUGGGAACUCGUUGGUCGAAGAAGGAGAACAGUGUGAUGCUGGCCUCAUUGGGAGCGAGGACAGUGACCCCUGCUGUGAUGAGGAAUGCCGGCUUAAGCCCAAUGCAAAGUGCAGUGACAGAAAUUCCCCCUGCUGUCGGAACUGCGACUACUCCCAGAACAACGGGGCGCUGUGCCGUGAGGCGCAACCCAAUGCCUGCAAAAAUGAAGCCUACUGCACUGGUAAAUCAGCUGAGUGCCCUCCAUCACCGCCGCAACGAGAUGAUAGCCCAUGUUUGGACAAGGGCAAGUGCAGAGCAGGGGAAUGCAUGCCAUACUGCGAGACAAGAGGGGAAGUCUCCUGCAUGUGCGACACAGAGGUGGACGCUUGCAAGCGUUGCUGUCGACCUUCACACAAUGCUACCUGCAAGCCGACGGAGCCGAUGGAAAUUCUGAGAGACGGAACACCAUGUAUACAUGGCUAUUGUGAGAAGGGAAAAUGUGAGAAGACGGUCCAGGACAUUGUUGAAAGGUUCUGGGAUAUUAUUGAGGACAUAGACAUUAACACAGUUUUGAAAUUUCUGAAUGACAACAUUGUGGGCACUGUUAUUGUGGUGUCCAUGAUUGUGUGGGUACCUGGAAGCUGUCUCAUAAGUUACGUGGAUCACAAAAGGAGAGCAGAGCAUGAAAAGGCCAAGAAGACUUGCCGGAAGCGUGAUAGUCUUCAACCAUUUCGUCCACCAUCAGACAGCAGCGUCAAAGUGGUCCACAUUUCACGGCGGCAGCCACCCCCUCAGCCAGAGCCGCAGCCACAGCCUCAACCACAACCACGGACACAGCUUCCUUUGCAGACACCAUCAGAUGAGCAAGUGCUGGCUCCAACACUGAGGUUGCCAAGCCGAGCUCCAGCAAGUUCUGACUACUGGCAAUCACCAAGCUCCUAUGCUAGCUCAGAAAGAGGCGGUGUGCACCCAUCAAGGUACGAGGGACGCCUUUAUGCAAGGCCAAGCAGCGUCGCCGAAGGUGCCAAUUACAGCAGGCACGAGCCAUCCGACUACUACCACCACCUCCCUCUGCACACGCAGGGCUACGGUCGACAGGGCGCAACAUCCGUCUCGUCCGAUAGGCCUGGAAGCCGGUCGAGACAGCACAUCGAGAACUAUACGGCGCUGUAGCUUAGCAGUCAUUGUCAUUAUCAUUUGCACAUGCCCAUCUCAUAAUUUUGGUCCUUAUUUUUUUAUGGGGAUGACUGAAAUCACAUUGUGUGUUCAUGCUAAAGGAAAAGAAGAGAAUGUACUAAUAUAUUUUGUUCAAUUGAAGACGAGAAGCAUUAGAGGGGCCUUGAACUAUCUUUCUUUGGGAUGCCAGACACACAUUAGAACAAGUAUAGUGCAUCCUAGGAGCAUGUUACUAAACAAACUUAGAGAGAUCUUGUUCGAGUGGAGCUACCUUUCUUAUUUGUGUUCACGAAUUUUUCAUCUGUGCAAGCUUCCACCUUACCUUCCCCUUAACCUCUGCCUUUUUUUUUAAUUAUUUACACUUGUUACUGAAGGACAGGGGCAGUGCCAAUGGCUGCUCUCCUGCCUGUCGCCUACUGGCAUCAGCUGCGACCAGCCGGCCCUGUGCCAUGUUUAAAAAGAUGUUUCAAUAUUGCACUCUACAUGUGAACUCCAUGCACUGUACAUGGGUACAAAAUUUGGUUGACGUGAUUGCAGCACUGUCUUUUUUGGGGGGGAAUUCUAUCUCAUCAAGCCCAAAGUGUGGUUCAGGGCCCGUUUAACAAACUUUCCCAUAUAUGAAUACGGUCUAGAGUAGAUAAGGCCAAAGCCAACAUGCAUGAAUACAAAUAGUGGAGUUUAUGAGGCAUCCAGUCAGUGCUUGUGCCAUCUUUCUUACCUUUAUUCUGCUCCAAUUUCUGUUCUUUCCCUUACUUGAAAGUGUUUUCUUUAAUUUGAAAUUGGUGAGUAUUUGGUCACCAUGUCGUAACGAAGCUCAAAUACUGUACUUGAUUGUCAUGUUAUAUUUGCAUGUAUUUGCAGUAUGUGGUGUACUUUUGCAAGUUCAGCCAGUGUAAUGGUACAGGGAAACAGCACGUAUGGAAGUGAAUUUUUGUUUAGUUGGAAGUUCACAUGUGGAAAUUAUGUGGAUUUUUAAAGAGUGUGCAUAUUUCAUUGUCUGUUUUGACAAUGAGUGCAAGACUUUUGUGCGCGAUGGAUGAGACUUGUAGCAGCUCUCUUUUCUUAGAUUACUCCUGCUCUUAUAUAUAUAAAUCGCCAAAGUGGUCACCUAUGUCUUUGGGGCAUCAGCGAUUUAGUCUGCGAAUUGUGUAAACAAUCAACUUCAUGUCAUCUUUGCUUCCUGCAAUAGGGAGUGGGCAAUGAAAUCAAGGAAGGCAUAGAAGUUAUUUGUGCUUUUUAAUUAAGGUGAUGUACUAAUCACUAAAAUUUGUGCUUUGCAUGGCAGUGAACCGUCACUGCCGUAGCUAUUGCCACAUAAAACCUAUAGAAAUAUAUAACUGUACAUUUUAUGUGUAGUGCUAAUAAUCACAUUGGCUGUCUAUUAUUUUUUAAUGAUCACAGGUUGUCUUUCUCUUCAGAAAAACUGCGGUGUGGCACGAGGAGUAAAUACAUUCAAUGAAAGCCUCAAGUGAAACCUAUUAAGAUUGUCCAAUGUUUGUAUACUUGCUGAAAGGUAAAAAAAAGUCAUUCACAUAUGCAAACACUUCAAGUAACCCAGUUCUUCAUGCAGCUCUUUCUGUAGCCUUUUAAUUUUAAUAUACCGGAAGGCUUUAGGGAAUUCUGGUUGAACAUGUUGAAAGAAACAUAGUUAUGUCAAUUUAAAAGAAGGUGGAACACCCUUAGCCUCCCUGUUUUUGUGGGGUUUAGUAAGCAGUUUCAGUGGUGGGUGAGCUAGGAGCAAAUGGGUCGGGGAAAAGGUAGCUUGUAAGGAAGCUUGGAGAGUCGGUGUUGCCCUCCCCACACCCCCAUCUCAACCCCAACUUAUCCUCUAAGCACUUCUGUUGCUCUCUUAAUACUUUACACUUCAACAGUAUACUUUCGUCUUACUGCUAUCUAUUGUAUCAUGAGAGGCGGCUGACAUCAUUGGCUGUUCUCGGUGUGCUGUAAAAAAAA